AUGGAAAAGAAAAAUAUAACGCAUUAUAGUAGCUCUCAGAAAAUCUUGCUCGUGGGAGAGGGAGAUUUCUCCUUCUCACUUUGCUUGGCUAAAGCAUUUGGUUCAGCUGUGAACAUGGUAGCCACUUCUUUGGAUGAUAGAGUAUCUUUGGCAUGGAAAUACACAAAUGCAAUAACAAACUUGAGUGAACUUGAGGGUCUUGGCUGCACCAUCUUACAUGAAGUGGAUGUUCACAACAUGAAUCAACACCUUUAUCUCAAGCACCAUCGUAAUUUUGAUCGAAUAAUCUUUAAUUUUCCUCAUUCCGGGGUGUUUUCACGUGAAAAUUAUGUCUCGGUGAUUGAGCUACACAAGAAUUUGGUGAGUGGAUUUCUAAGAAAUGCAAAGGACAUGCUUAAUUAUUUUGGUCAAAUUCAUAUUACCCACAAAACAACUCAUCCUUAUAGUUGCUGGAAUAUCAAGAAUCUUGGAGAAGAUUUGGGAUUAUCAUUUCUUGAAGAGGUGGAUUUUGAUCAAUUUUCUUACCCAGGUUACAAUAAUAAGAGAGGUGCUGGCUCGAAUUGUGACCAAAGUUUUCGUAUCGGAGAGAGUAGCACUUUUAAAUUUUGUUUCCAUGGUUAG